AUGGAUCCCCUGACGUGGCUUUCAUUGGGGUUGCAGUUGGCAGCACUGUGCUCUAUCGUGGGUGCUCUACUGCUGUACCUGUUGCGGAAGGUCAGGGUGGCAGAAGUACUCCCGGUGGACAGUGCGAAGACAGUCCUCGUAACAUCUGUGGAUACUGCUCUAGGAUUACAGAUUGCAACGUACCUCAGUGGUAAAGGGUGGCGUGUCAUUGCUGGAUGCCGACAAGGAGGCCUGGGAUCAAGAUUGGCUGAGUCUUGGCUUCAAGCUCACGCAGCGGCCACGCCUGAAGACCAGCCGCCACCCAGGCUAGCCACUCUAGAACUAGACGUAGCCAGAGAAGAUCUUUUGGAAGAAGCUGCGAGAGCUACAGCACAACAUUUACCUGCUGGAGAACAUGGCAUUUGGGCAGUGAUCAACACUGCCGGCUGCAGCGGGCGCGGCGGUGCGACGUGCUGGGAGAGUGCAUUGCGCGGCAAUGUCCUCGGAGCGCUGCGUGUAGCGCGAACGUUCUCACCUCUACUCGCAGCCGCUGCAGCAGACCAUCCACACGCUGGACGGCUCUUCUACAUCGGAUUAACAUCAGACACCGCAUGUGAAAGCCUGUCACGGCCAGAGGUGGGAGAUUCUGGGGAGGCAAGCGCCGGCGCAGCAGCUGCACGUUGGGGCACAUGGGGAGCAGCACGAGCUCUGCGUGCGAGUUUGCGCGCACGCAGGUUACACGUAGUUCUGCUACAUGCGCCGGACCUGUCCGCUGCUGAGAUAUACGCGCCGCCCGCACAAUUGGUCACGCCGAGCCAACCGGCAAGUCGACCAGAAACCCCGAGCUCAGAUGUUAGCUCAAGUUCAGCAAGCUGUGCAGUGACGAUGCCUGGUGAAGCUGCAGAAUAUAGCGCGAAGGUACUGCCUACCAGUGCCUUGAAAGUACUAGAAGAAGCUCUUAUUGCCCCAGCACCAAGAGACUCAUACUAUCUGAAGAUGAAACACGAAUCUUGGUUCACGAGAAUGCCUUCCUUGAGGGUAGCGUGA